GCGAGGCGCGGCGCGGAGCAAACACCCCCUUGCAGGUGCGCCCUGGCCGCAGCCAUGUCCGCAGCCUCCCGCGUGGCGCUGGUGACCGGGGCCAACAAGGGCAUCGGCUUCGCCAUCGCGCGCGAGCUGUGCCGGCAGUUCUCGGGGGACGUGGUGCUCACGGCGCGGGACGAGGCGCGGGGCCGGGCGGCCGUGCAGCAGCUGCAGGCCGAGGGCCUGAGCCCGCGCUUCCACCUGCUGGACAUCGACGACCUGCAGAGCAUCCGCGCCCUGCGCGACUUCCUGCGCAAGGAGUACGGGGGCCUCGACGUGCUGGUCAACAACGCGGGCAUCGCCUUCAAGACUAAUGAUCCCACGCCGUUUCACAUUCAAGCAGAGGUGACCAUGAAAACAAACUUCUUUGGAACCCGAGAUGUGUGCACAGAGCUGCUGCCUCUCAUGAAACCCCAAGGCAGAGUGGUGAAUGUGUCUAGCGUGGUGAGUGUCCGAGCCCUUAAAAGCUGCAGCCCAGAACUACAGCAGAAGUUUAGAAGUGAGGCCAUCACAGAGGAGGAGUUGGUGGGGCUCAUGAACAAGUUCGUGGAAGACACAAAGAAAGGCGUGCACAGAAAUGAGGGCUGGCCUGAUAAUGCCUAUGGAGUGACAAAAAUCGGUGUCACUGUCCUGUCUAGAAUCCAUGCCAGGAAGCUGAGUGAGCAGAGGAGAGAUGACAAGAUCCUCCUGAAUGCCUGCUGCCCUGGGUGGGUGAGAACAGACAUGGCAGGACCUAAAGCCCCUAAGAGCCCAGAAGAAGGAGCAGAGACCCCUGUCUACUUGGCCCUUUUGCCCUCAGAUGCUGAGGGGCCUCAUGGAGAGUUUCUUAUGGAGAAAAAAGUUGAACAAUGGUGAGCUUAAUUUAGGCCUUCAUCCACGGAACCCUUUAGGAUAACCCCCUCCUUUGACCAAAAGGAUUCUUCCAUUUUCAAUAAUAAGCCUUUCCACAGCAAAAAAAAAAAAAAAAAAGAACAGAAAAGAAAGAAAAAGAAAUUGUAUAACAUAUCCCUAUUAAGCAUGGAGUUGGAAUAGGCUACUAAUUGUGUGAAGGUGUUUUUGUUUUCUUCUGUAAUACAGGGACAGAAAACAUGAAAUCAUGAACCUAGAGAUGAAUAAAUAUUCAUUUAUAAAUGC